AUGGCUGGCUUCUACAGCAUCGCAAGGUUUUUCAAGAUAUUCGAAUGCAACCCCCGCGAAAAGAUUUCGAAUAUGAGCUGGAUCUUGAAUAUCAGUGGGGGCUUCAACACCGUCACUGAUUAUUUGACCUUGCUACUUCCUAUGCAUGCUGUACAGAAGCCGCAAAUGAACCGGGGGAAGAGGAUCCUCGUAGUCGUGGCUUUUAGAUUUGGUAUAUGCGCAAUUUUUUCCGCUACGGUUGGUUUCUUCGUGAGACUCAAGAACAGCGCUAGUCCCGACAAAUCCCAGAAGCAACCCGAAAUCCUCCUCUGGGGUGCGGCCGAACUUGCCUCAGGCAAUCUCUAUGUAUGCUUCUCCGAUCUCACGCCCCUCUUCCGGAAGAGCAAGACUCCCAAACGACCGUCCGGUGCUAGGCGCCCGACGGCAUCCGAGCUGAAGGUUUGGAGAGAACCUCACGGCAGCAAUGGGAAACUCCGAUCUAUAUAUGCCGAAGAGCCUUAUGAGUACAACGUUCAGUACGACUGCGGACGCGGACUAUAUCGAACUGGGUGAAAGGUGGGGAUUGAACUGCAAUCCUUUGCACGAUUAUUAUGAUGUUUUGAAAGGUUUGCAUCUGAACGAAGUGAGGUAGAGGCGUAGCUGCGAUGCGGAUGUAGGCGGAAAAUUUAGUAGAGCGCCAAGAUUUCUACGGAUUUAUGCACA